CUGCACGUUUCUCAGAUGCCGAUCCCCGCCUGUCGGUGCCCCGCAUAAACAUUCACCCCACAUGCCCUCUGUCUGGAUGAACAUCGGGCAAACAAAUCCCCCCUUUCCAGACACCUCAACACCAUGCUUCCUAUCUGACUCUCAUCCUCUCACAAGUGGCCAAUGCCUUAUCUGCUUCGGGAUUGUAAAGCUUGAUGGACGCACAGGUCUCGGAAACAAUCACCACGCUAUGACUUCACCAAUUUUACGAGCUGCACGCCAUAGAAUAGGGGACCAUAUCUUUCCGCGGCAGUAAUCCCUGCAUUUCAACGGGAUCAUCGUGCCAUCUGUAUCCACCAGACAUGUCACUCAAUAGGCCCCCAGCCAUAGUCGGUACUUGUCUCCACAGGGCCAAUCACCGGUGCUAGUCUAUCAUCGCCGACCCUACGCUUAAAAAUCUCGUCAUGUCUCGCUAGAUCCGACCUUGACCUUCCAUUCUCAUUCUUUGAGCGACCCUGUGUAUUUGUACUUUUCACUGAAAAUGCGUUGGUACGAAUAUCUUUUGCGUGGCAUACUCGCCGGAGGUGCGCAUGCGUCCAAAAACAAAUGUUCGCCGUCUGCUAUCCAGGCUGCGCUGCCCGAGGGCGCCAGCGUCAACUUUGCCUACCCCGUCAAGGCAGGCGAAACAUUCAAAGUUCCCCAGAGUGAUACGUUUUAUAAAACAGAUCCCACAGGGCUUCCUGCUCUAUGCGCCGUCUCAGUACAGGUGAAGUCGGUUGGCGACUCCACAUAUGGAUUUGGACUUUUUCUCCCCGAUGAGUGGAAUGACAGGUUCCUCGCAGUUGGGAACGGCGGCUUUGCGGGUGGUAUUCACUACCUGGAUAUGUCAGCUGGCGCUCGUUAUGGUUUUGCGACCAUGUCUACAGACACUGGCCACAACUCGAGCGUGGUCGAUGGAACAUGGGCGGCGAAUGCACCUGAAAAGGUGGAGAACUGGGGUCAUUUGGCUAUGCACGGCUCUACGGUUACCGCGAAACUGAUCACAGCAUCUUACUACAAGAAGAAGAUUUCAUACAACUACUACUCUGGAUGCUCGACCGGCGGCCGCCAAGGUCUGAAAGAAGCUGAAGAGUACCCCGAGGAUUUCGAUGGUAUCGUUGCCGGAGCACCUGCCUGGUUCACCAAACGUAUGCAACCAUGGACUGUGAAGAUUGCUCUUUACAAUCUCCCUGCAACGGCGGACUACCAUAUUCCACCCGUGCUGUACCCUGUGAUUGGCAAAGAAGUGCUCAAGCAAUGCGACUCUCAAGACGGUCUUACUGAUAGCAUCAUUUCAGACCCCGUCGGCUGCAAAUUUGAACCAGAGAAGCUCCUCUGCGCCGAAGGUGCUACCGAUGACUGCUUGACCUCUCCCCAGCUAAACACCCUGUACAACAUCUACCACGACACGAUGAGCUCGAACCAGACUUACCCGUUCCCGAGCUUUUACCUUGGUAGUGAAGGUGACUGGGCUGCUAAUCUACCCGCCAGCGGUCCCAGCCCCCUAGGUACUCACUACGUCCAGUACUUCCUCGGAUUGGGCAAGGAUUGGCAACCCAAAGAUUUCAACGAAGACAUCGAACGACUGGCCGAUGAGCAAGACCCAGGCAACGCCACCGUAGGCUACGACCUCUCCGCCUACCACCGCAAAGGCGGAAAAAUUCUCUCCUACCACGGCCUCUCUGACGCUUCGAUCCCAACAGGCUCCACUCCCUUGUUCCAUGAUCAGGUUCAACAACAGCUCUCUUCCACAGGUGUCGAUGUGAACUCCUUCUUCCGCUACUUCCUUGUCCCGGGUAUGGGCCACUGCAGCCGCACCACAGAUGCUUUCAAAGCGCCGUGGUAUUUCGCUGGUCCUAACCAAGCCUCUGUUCUUGGUAACACCGUUCACAGUGUACCUGGUUUUGAAGACGAGCAACACGAUGCCUUGCUGGCCAUGAUGGCGUGGGUCGAGAAGGGCAAGGCUCCCGAGGCCAUCAUCGCUACGAAGUAUGAGGAUGAGAGCAAGCAUGACAAGGUGCACCGACAGAGGCCGCUCUGCAUGCUCCCCAAGGUUGCGAAGUACAAAGGUCAAGGAAACGCUGAUGAGGCUAAGAACUGGGAGUGCAAAUGAGUGUACUGAGGCAUCAUGCGUUGUCCGGAAUGCUGAUGCAAAAGCUUCAAUGGUUAUUGUCUAAUUACUGUGUACACUAUAAAGCCUCUAGUACGGCCAUAAUAAAUAUCCACGUAUAGAUAGCAUAGCAGGAUACCCCAGCUUGCAUUUGGAAAGGAAUAGAUUUACAUGUGUUCGUUCGACAUAUCUUUCCGAAUUGAUUUAGUGCUUUUAAUUGACUGAAGCAAUAUUGUCC